ACGUUUAACAUGAGACUUUGGUGAGGCAUAAAUGGAAUUACGAGAUCAUUUUUCUAAAAACUUCAAAAAUCAAAACCAUGGCUAAAUCACCUUCUCCUGCUAUUGUAGACGAAGCAUCAGCAACGGCAGCAUACCCGUAUCCGUACACCGCCAAUGUUGCCAAUUUUGUAUCCGUCAAGCUCUCCGGCCACGACAAGUACCAGUUGUGGAAGACACAGAUGCUUUGUCUCAUUGAAGGUCAUGGCAUGCUUGGUUUCAUCGACGGCACACUCGAACCACCACCGGAGACCAGGCCGGACAAUGCUCAGUGGUGGAGGAGGUCCGACGCGCUUCUCCGUGGAUGGAUUUUGGGUUCCUUGAGUGACGAUGUACUCAGCAGCAUAAUUGGCCUUAAAACAGCCAAAGAUGUUUGGGUAUAUCUCGAGAGUUCUUAUGGUUCUUUGACUCCCCAAUCUAGCUCGUUAGUAGCUGUGAAAGGAGAAAUUGACGGUGGAGAAUGGAAAUUCGACGGCGGUUUCAUGAGAUCUACUGCACAUUCCAGGUCUCUGCCGGUUCCACUCCGUGGCAUGUCGCAACAAAUCGAUCUGAAAGGGGAUUCGGCGACGCCUACCGUCGAUAGCAAAAUCAACAGUCGGUCUAGGAAAUCACGAGGUUUAGAAAGCACGGCAUUCCCGGAGGAUAGCUGGACCGGCAAUUCGCCGAAACUUCUUUCGAUGGAUUUGGCUGAGAUCACCGAUUUUCUACAAGAAGCAACUACAAACAUAAGUGCAUACCUACCACUAUAUAAAGCUGCCCUAAGAGGCGAUUGGGAUGAUGCACAACAUUUUAUAGAUCAAGAACCUGAAGCAGUCACAGCCAACAUCAACAAAUAUGGAUUCACAGCUCUUCACAUUGCAGUUGGAACAGGGAAACAAGGGAUUACCUUUGUCCAGAAGUUAGUUGAGAAAAUAUCACCCAAAUCACUCCUAAAAAUGCUAACUUCUUCAGAAAAAUACACACCUCUUCAUAUUGCAGCUGUUGUUGGCAACACUGAUGCUGUCAAGAUCUUGGUGAAUAAAAACCAUAAGCUUUUGUAUGCUGAAGAUGUGGAUGGCUUAUUACCUAUUCAUAGAGCUCUUAUUAAUUCUCAUAAAGAUACUUUUUUAUAUUUAUUGGGUGUCACAAAAGCCAACCAAUAUCCUUAUACAUUCACUGGCAACAUGGGCGUUACACUUCUUUCCAAUGUCAUUUUUGCAGGUUAUUUUGAUAUAGCUCUUGAUUUAAUCUCUCGAUAUCCUGACUUGGCUACAACAAUACCAUCUGAUAAUGUGGAUGCUCCAUUGAUGGUUAUAGCAAGGAAAGCAGAUGCCUUUGAAAGUGGAUGUCGCCUCAGUUUCUUUGAUAGCUUAAUCUAUAAAUAUGUUCCUACAAAGUUGGUGAACCUCAACUUAAACAAGAAACAGCACAAGAUGGACUUCUGGAGUUCAGUUCUUCAAGAGAUCGGUUUUCUUGUCUGGAAAGCUGUGGGCAGGAUCUUGCCACAUAUUACACAUAUUCAGAAGAUAAAGCUGGUUCAUAAUCAAGCUGUUGCACUUGUGAAAUGUCUAUGCCAUGAAAUCAGUGCCCUAAAUCUGGAAUCAAAUAGCAUUUAUUAUUCAAAACCAAUUAUUGAAGCAGCAAGUAAUGGUGCUUAUGAAGUUGUUCAAGAAAUUGCUGACACAUUUCCUCAAGCAAUUUGGUACAGUGAUGAAAGUGGGCAUUUCAUGAUUCAAUUAGCCAUACUUCAUCGUUGUGAAAAGGUUUACAAUUUAACAUAUCAAAUGAGUGAUCAUAAACAUUUUCACAAGACUCUCAAAGACUCUCACAACAACAAUUUGUUGCAUUUAGCGGGAAAAUUAGCACCUCCACAUAAACUUAAUCUUGUUUCUGGAGCAGCAUUACAAAUGCAGCGUGAAUUGCAAUGGUUUAAGGAAGUGGAAACAUUUGUGCAUCCAAAAUACAAAAUGGAAAAGAACUCAUUCGAGCAAACACCGGAGAUGCUGUUCACCAAAGAACACAAAAAGCUCGUGAGAGAUGGUGAAGAAUGGAUGAAGAAAACCGCCGAUUCAUACACAGUAACCGCCGGACUCAUCACAACAAUCGUCUUCGCCGCCGCAAUUACAGUGCCAGGUGGCAACAACGGCGAUACAGAACAAGAUUUCUUGUUUACGUUACCUUCGAGGCUGAUUAUGGGAUUGGCGACAUUGUUUUUGUCGACGAGUUCGAUGAUGAUUGCGUUUGGGGCUUCGUUGUAUCUUUUGUUUGGGCAGGGGAAGGAUUGGAUUCUGAUUCCGAUUGCUGCGUUGUCGGGUUUACCGAUUACUUGUUUCGUGACGUUACAGUUUCCGCUUCUUGUGGAAUUGAUUUCGUGUACGUAUGGUCGAGGGCUUUUUGGGAAACAAAGUGAUCGCCCGUUUUAUUGA